GAGAGAGAGAGAGAGAGAGAGAGAGAGAGAGAAGUCUAUUUGUUGUCACUUUAGGUUAUGCUCUCUAAAAAAUAAAGCAACAACAAUUUUGUUUUAAAAUGAGAUUAUAAAUUAUUUGCGACACAAGAAGAGAAAUAAUUUGACACCUAUUUGAGCUAUCUCGAUACAUCGACAAGUCGGGAGCACCGUAAACGUAAAGUCAAGGGGGCUCGUGAACGAUUGAGCCGAACAGCUGACUGAGCUAACGCGUCGAAGCCAGCGCUGCAUGCUGCAUCAAAUGUCGCCGAUGUUUUCGUUAUGAUAAUGUUUCAUCACAAUGUCGAUAAACGAGAGAUUAGAGGCUUACCGGCGUAAAAAACACAAGGAGAAGAUAAUGGAGACGAUCAAAAAUUCCGUAACCAACGUGAUUUCGUGGAAUCACAAUAAUGGAAGCGAGAAAUCUGCUGGAGAAUUGACAAAAGACGAGGAGGUUAAAUUGUGUGAACAACAUUUGGAUAUCCAGGAUGAAGAGGACGUUUCGUCGGAGGAAAAUGUGCAGCAAUCGAAAAGUACCGUUAUAACCAAAGUGAUUUAUUUAUUAUAUUUUUUGUUAUGGGUUACGCUGUAUGCUAUCGCGCUGAAAUAUGAGUUCGGUGCUGUUUACUUCAUAUUAUCGGCUUUGGUCUUUAUCUAUUUGAACACCAGAUCUGGACCAAAACGACGGGGUGAGCCUAGCGCUUAUUCUGUCUUUAAUCCGAAUUGUGAAGCUAUACAAGGGACACUUGACGCGACGCAAUUUGAAAGAGAAAUAAGAUACGGUAUAGGUGGGAUGCGAUAAAGUAAGAUAAUAAAAAUAUAGUUAUAUGAUCAAUAUUAAAUUAAUCAAUGCAUUUAAAGUUAUCUGAUAUGAUUGGACCAAAAUAACUAGAUGAAUGUAUUAAUUGCCACAUAAUGUAAGUUCCAAAACAUUAGCUUCGCAGUUUUGAGAGAGAUUAAGCUAAGAUGACAUUAUUGGAAUAUAAAUGUGAAAAUCAUAUAUUUGAUUCAUUCAAAUUUAUCUAACAAUUAAUAUUUUUGUCUUAAUAUAAAAAAAACUUUGUAUCUCUUCUACGUGAAAAACGAAUCCUGAAUUUAGAUAUAACAAAACAUUUUAGCUCUAACUUCUAACUAAAGAAAGAGAUACGAAAUUGUAAUAUAUAAGGCAUGUGUGAGAAUAGGAAUAUUAUACUACUUUUAUACUUGAAAUACUUAUUAUAAAUAGAAAUAUAUAUUUAAUAUUUUGUA